AUGGCUAUUAUGCGACACUUGGCCCGAAAGCACGGACUGGUGGCCACCGACGAGACCGGACUCGUACGCCAGGAUGUGUUGGAGCAACAGUUGACUGAUAUUAGAAUUGGUUUUUGGGGAGUAUUAUAUCCGGGCGCCGGCUAUGAGAUAGACUUGUUGUUUAAUAAUGAAUACGUGAGCGAAAAAUUCAAAUACACCGCCAAUACAUUGCCCAAACAGUUGGACGCGUUGUCCCGGUUUUUGGGUACCCGUCAGUGGUUUACCGGUAAUCACAUUAAUUAUGUAGACUUCUUGGCGUACGAACUGCUCGAUUGGUUCCGACUCUUCAGCGCCGGUACUGUCGAUAAGUACUCGAAUUUAAUUCAAUUCUUAACUCGUUUUGAAAGUUUACCGGCGAUUAAGGCAUACAUGAAAUCACCGGAGUUUAUAAGUUGGCCAAUAGAUUCACCCAACAAUAUCUGGGGUUUCAAAAAGUGCGGUUGGCCCCACAAUGGCGGAAAUGCCUUACCAAGGCUAGCUAAGCCUUACCAAGCCUACACAAUGGUUACCAUAGUAACGAGG